AUGUUGUUAAUUACCAAAGAGUUUCAACCAUUUUCUGUCGUCGAAGAUUACGGAUUUAAAAAAUUUGUACACGCAUUAAAUCCAUCAUAUGAAUUGCCCUCCAGAAAAAAACUUUUGAACACAUUUUUACAAGCUUCUUAUGAGAAAACGUUCCUUGUCUGCCAAACUGCAUUAAACAAAGUUGAGGCUGUUACUUUAACGACAGACUGUUGGACGUCCAGAAAUAGUAAAAACUUUAUGGCAGUAACUGCGCACUUUAUUAAUGAAAACUUUAAAAACCAAAGUAUGCUCCUGGAUUGUUCCUCUUUUGGAGAAACUCAUACUAGCCAGAAUUUGUCAAAGGAACUAAAACGGGUUAUAUUAGAGUGGAAUUUGGAAGGCAAAAUAUUAAUGGUAAUUUCGGACAACGCCGCCAACAUUCGUAAGGCAAUAAAGGAUGAAUUAAAAUUAAAUCAUUUGGGAUGUUACGCCCAUACCAUAAACCUUGUAGCCCAAGAUGAGCUUAAACAACCAGAUGUGUCUGGUCUAUUGGAAAAGGUAAAAGCUAUAGUGGCAUAUUUUUAA